CAGGUCCCUAAACCAAAAUGUUGUGGGUGAAACAAACUAAAUGCGCCACAUGGUUGUUGUUCGCACGCGCCAUCUGUCCCUCUCCGCCAGCCGUCCUGAGUGAGUGACAGCUGGGAGCCUCCGCCCAGGCUAGGACAGCUACAGCCAGGAUCACUGCCUCGGCUCCUACCGGUAACCGGGGGCGACAGGGAUGACCGACAGUAUUCCCCUACAGCCCGUGAGGCGUCCCAAAAGACACGACAGGAAGCACCGGAACGGGUGCUGUCCGUGGUCAGGAUGCUGUGGUAUGGGAGACUUCCGUCCCCGCACCGUGUGGCUUGGCCACCCAGAGAAACGGGAACAGAGGUACCCGAAGAAUGUCAUAAACAACCAGAAGUACAACUUCUUCACCUUCCUUCCUGGGGUGCUGUUUAAUCAGUUCAAGUACUUCUUCAACCUGUACUUUUUGCUUCUGGCCUGCUCACAGUUUGUGGAAGAGUUGCGUUUAGGGGCCCUCUACACCUACUGGGUCCCUUUGGGUCUUGUUUUGAUUAUCACCGUCAUGAGAGAGGCGAUUGAAGAAAUAAGAUGCUACCUUCGAGACAAAGAAGUGAACUCUCAGAUUUACAGCAAGCUUUCAGCAAGAGGAACAGUGAAGGUGAAAAGCAGCGGUAUUCAAGUGGGAGAUCUCAUAAUCAUAGAAAAGAACCAGCGCGUUCCUGCUGACAUGAUCUUUUUAAGGACCACUGAAAGAAAUGGCUCCUGCUUCCUACGGACUGACCAGCUAGACGGAGAGACGGACUGGAAGCUUCGCCUCCCUGUGGCCUGCACUCAGAGGCUGCCGACCGCCGCUGACCUGCUCCAGACCCGAUCGUACGUCUACGCAGAAGAACCAAACAUUGAUAUCCAUAACUUCAUUGGAACUUUCACCCGGGAGGAUGGAGACCCACCAGUGAAUGAAAGCCUCAGCAUUGAGAACACCCUCUGGGCCAGCACUGUUGUUGCCUCUGGCACAGCGGUGGGGGUUGUGAUUUACACGGGCAAGGAGCUGCGUAGCGUCAUGAACACCUCCAACCCAAGACACAAGGUGGGUUUGUUCGACCUGGAGGUCAACUGUCUGACUAAGCUCUUGUUUGGGGCGCUGGUCGUGGUGUCGCUGGUCAUGGUGGCCCUGCAGCACUUUGCUGGCCGUUGGUACCUCCAGAUCUUUCGCUUCCUGCUUCUCUUCUCCCACAUUGUGCCCAUCAGCCUGCGUGUUAACCUGGAUAUGGGGAAGAUGGUUUUCAGCUGGAUGAUUAAGAAAGACUCAAAGAUCCCGGGGACAGUGGUGAGGGCCAGCACCAUACCAGAACAACUUGGACGCAUCUCCUACCUGCUGACGGACAAAACAGGUACCCUUACCCAAAACGAGAUGGUGUUCCGGCGGCUCCAUCUUGGAACUGUGGCAUAUGGGAUGGACUCUAUGGAUGAAGUACAGAGCCAUGUGUUUAGUGCCUACACACACCCUACCCAUGACCUUCCAACCUCCAGGGCUCCAGCAGCCACUAAGGUCCGAAAGACCAUCAGCAGUCGAGUUCACGAGGCCGUGAAAGCCAUUGCCCUAGUGCACAACGUGACACCCGUGUACGAGUCCAAUGGUGUGACGGACCAGGCAGAGGCAGAGCAGCACUACGAGGACACAUGUAGGGUCUACCAGGCGUCCAGCCCUGAUGAGGUGUCGCUGGUGCAGUGGACUGAGAGCGUUGGCCUGACUCUGGUGGGACGAGAUCAGUCCUCCAUGCAGCUGCGGACACCUACUGGACAAAUACUGAACUUCACCAUUCUGCAGAUCUUUCCCUUCACCUAUGAAAGCAAGAGGAUGGGGAUCAUUGUGAGAGAUGAAUCGACGGGAGAAAUCACUUUCUACAUGAAGGGUGCUGAUGUGGUGAUGGCGGGCAUCGUCCAGUACAACGACUGGCUGGAGGAGGAGUGUGGAAACAUGGCAAGGGAAGGCCUGAGGGUCCUGGUGGUCACUAAGAAGUCUCUGACAGAAGAACAGUAUCAGGAUUUUGAGGCGCGGUACGUCCAGGCCAAGCUCAGUGUCCACGACCGCUCUCUGAAGGUGGCCACAGUGAUCGAGAGUCUAGAGAUGGAGAUGGAGUUGUUGUGUCUCACAGGGGUGGAGGACCAGCUCCAGAUGGAUGUCAGACCCACUCUGGAGAUCCUUCGCAAUGCAGGAAUCAAGGUGUGGAUGCUGACUGGAGACAAGCUUGAAACUGCAACCUGCACUGCUAAGAAUGCCCAUCUAAUCACCCGUAGCCAGGACCUCCAUAUCUUCAGACCAGUGACAACACGAGGGGAAGCCCACCUGGAGCUCAACGCCUUCAGGAGAAAACAUGACUGCGCUCUAGUGAUAUCUGGGGACUCGCUUGAGGUUUGCCUCAAAUAUUAUGAGUACGAGUUCAUGGAGCUCGCUUGUCAGUGUCCUGCUGUGGUUUGCUGCCGGUGCACCCCCACUCAGAAGGCUCAGAUAGUCCGGCUGCUGCAGGAGCGUACAGGCAAGCUCACCUGCGCCGUCGGAGACGGAGGAAACGAUGUCAGCAUGAUCCAGGAAGCCGACUGUGGCGUGGGAGUGGAGGGAAAAGAAGGAAAACAAGCCUCUCUGGCUGCCGACUUCUCCGUCACUCAGUUCAAACAUCUGGGUCGUCUUCUCAUGGUCCACGGCCGGAACAGCUACAAACGGUCUGCCGCCCUCAGCCAGUUUGUCAUUCACAGGAGUCUGUGCAUUAGCACCAUGCAGGCAGUCUUCUCCUCUGUCUUCCACUUUGCUUCGGUCCCGCUCUACCAGGGAUUUCUGAUUAUUGGCUACUCGACUAUCUACACCAUGUUCCCCGUCUUCUCUCUGGUGUUGGACAAAGAUGUAAAGUCUGAAGUUGCCAUGUUGUACCCAGAGCUGUAUAAAGAUCUACUGAAGGGCCGACCCCUGUCAUUCAAAACAUUUCUAAUAUGGGUCCUAAUCAGCAUUUAUCAAGGAAGCAUCAUCAUGUAUGGAGCCCUGCUGCUCUUCGAGUCGGAGUUUGUCCACAUCGUUGCGAUCUCCUUCACCUCGCUGAUCCUGACUGAGCUGCUGAUGGUGGCUCUGACCGUGCAGACAUGGCACUGGCUCAUGAUCGUGGGCGAGCUCCUGAGCUUGGCGUGCUACAUCGCCUCGCUUGUCUUCCUGCAUGAAUUCAUAGACGUGUACUUCAUCACCACGGUGUCGUUCCUUUGGAAGGUGACUGCCAUCACUCUGGUCAGCUGUCUACCCCUCUACAUCCUGAAGUACCUGCGCAGACGCUUCUCUCCACCCAGCUACUCCAAGCUGACCACCUAACAGCCGGAGUGAGCCUCUGGCGCCAGAGAACUUCAUCUAUCCACUUUCAGUAGUUGUGAAAAGCUCUCUGGCAGGGACGGGUUGCUUACUGAGACGGAGAGUUUGUGUCUGUUAAACCGUGUGUUUGAUCCGGGGACCGAGUGGGGAACUCCUGCUAGAAGCUGGAUUGAAUGAACCAGAUUCAGCUGCAUAAAAAAAUCUUCCCAACAGAAACAGGAUCCUGCCGCUGCUGUUGAGUGUGAAUGUGCAAAAUAAAGAAAGUGGGAGCAGCUCAGUAGGUUGUGCAGAUCCAGCAUGUGUUGUUGUGUAAAGGGACACAUCUGUACAGUAGUUUUCUAAAUGUGUCCACCAAUCAGAUUCAGAUCCCACUUUUUAAUGAGAAAAUGUGAAACCGAUGUAGAAAUGUCACCCAGUUGAUUCAUGUCCUCCUCCAACAUCUAAUUAGAGGUUGGAUUGUGCGGUCGGACAAUAGUGCACUGCCUCCACGUUCAUAAAAACACGAGUUUAGGUUGGAGUGCUUGUUGCUGCGUCACCUUGAGGGUCCAGCUCAGCUCUGCGGAGGCGGCGCUGCGUCUUCUUUUAGCGUGACCUCUGGUGUGUCUACUGUUAAAUCUGUCCCGGUUUCUCGGUUUGGAUCCCGACUCGGUGGUGUUUACGGAGCGUGGUUGGAGAGCUGCAGCGUACUCGCCGCCGCCGCCGCUCCCGACAGGCUGCACAGCCUCUGAUGUGGCGUCUCGGCCAACGACCACGCUCACAGCCAUGCAUGAUGACUCGCUGUUGAGGUGACCCGAAGCCAUGAGUGAAAACAAAACCCCUAGUGGCCAACCCCCCCUGGUGACAGCUGUUGGAUUACAAAGGGAUCGCAUCAGUCUAAUCCCGUGUGAAUAAGCUCAUUAAGUGUUGAUUCUGUACAUUAAAGCUAACGUCCGCUCAGUGUUGUGGCUGUAACAGAAACACGACGCCGUGCCGCUCCUCGUUCACUCGUUUCUCUCAUAACGGAUGCUGCAGAGUCCAGGGUGCCAUAAUGAAGGCCGUCUUUAAUAUGCUAAUGGUGAUUUUAAAAAAAAGGACCAGAAAUCAUCGAGCUGUUUGCACAUUUUUUAAUCUUCUGUUAUUUAUGUUUUUAUGUUGCGUCGAUGCAGAGCAUUAAUGAUGCUUUGUGUGACCGGCCCGGUUGUACUUCACUAGUUUAACUCCGCCGGUUGCACUCGGAGAGCAGAACAAAAAGGGAGACCUGUGCUAAUGUUAAUGUUGUGAUGAUUAUUAAUAAAGAUGCAUUUUUCCUUCUGGCUUCUA